ACAAAAGAGAGAGGCAGGUAGUGCUUCAAGUCUUUGUCUAUCUCAGUGAGAGCAGCACUGUGAGUGUGAGUGUGUGGAUAAAACAAAGACAGACCAGGAACCAUGGAUGAUGUAUAUAAGGCAGCGGUUGAGAACUUGACAGAGGAGCAGAAAAAUGAGUUCAAGGCCGCGUUUGAUGUCUUCAUUCAGGACGCAGAGGAUGGCUGCAUCAGCACCAAGGAGCUAGGGAAGGUUAUGAGGAUGCUUGGACAGAACCCCACCCCAGAGGAGCUCCAGGAGAUGAUCGACGAAGUGGAUGAAGAUGCCAGUGGAACCGUAGACUUUGACGAGUUCCUGGUGAUGAUGGUACGCUGCAUGAAGGAGGAGAGCAAGGGGAAGUCAGAAGAGGAGCUCGCUGAACUGUUCCGCAUGUUCGACAAGAACGGAGAUGGCUACAUCGACCUGGAGGAGCUGAAGGCCAUGUUGGAGUCCACAGGAGAGUGCAUCACAGAGGAUGACAUCGAGGAGCUGAUGAAGGACGGCGACAAGAACAACGAUGGCAGAAUCGACUACGACGAGUUCCUGGAGUUUAUGAAGGGUGUAGAAUAGAAGAUUUCUGAACUACAACAUGGAUCCAUCUUAAAAUACCUGAACGACUCCUCAAAGCUCAAUGAUGUCAUUCCCUCUCGUGUUUCCUGUCCUUUGUAUACAAGUUGUUAAUUGAAUAGGCCUACUUUUACAAAUCUUAAAUUUCAAAUACAAACACAUAGAACCUUCUAAACAUUAUUAUUAUGUUUUAAAUAUAAAUGAGAUUCGUUUGUUGUGAAGUGAGUCAAUUCAAAGUUAUUACGCCCAUAAAGGUACAUGGCACAUUUCUCAAGAAAAUGUAAGAAUAUAUUUUCUAAACUUAUUUGACCACACAUCCACCAAGACGAAAAAAGAAUACAUUAUAGCAGAAAACAAUGUAUUUUCAAUAAAGGGAUUUUCAGUA